AAUCGUCUUGAUGCUAUUUUUCUUCUUGAAAAAAUUAAUAUCAUUAGUAAAUGGGUUUCCAAAUGAAUUUUAAAAAAAGCUGCAGAAAUAUCGUACUUUAUUAUUGAAGUUGCUUCUGUUCAUUUAAUUUUAUUCAUUUACUUCAACCUUGGUGCAUUGAACAAUAAUUGUUAAUUAGUUACAUCUUGAUACCCUUUUCAAUCCAUUAUAUUUCAAAUUAUCGAUAAAGAUCAUGGCAAACUUUCUUGAUUUGCUGAAGUUAUAUUUCGUUACUUGGAAUGUGGCAACGACUUAUCCGGAACAAAAUCUUCAUCAGUUACUAGGUCUCAGUAAUUCAUCGAAGUCAAAUGAAAAACCGGAUAUAUAUAUUGUUGGUUUGCAGGAGGUAAAAUCUCAACCCCAAAAUAUUGUACUCAAUAUGUUUUUUGAAGAUCCAUGGACAAAAGCUUUCAGAGAAAUAUUGAAAGAGUUUGACUAUGUGAAAAUUGUAACUAAUCGUAUGCAAGGUUUAGUAAUAAGUCUAUUUUGUUUGAAAAAACAUAUCAUUCACCUACGAUUGAUUGAAACACAAUACACAAAAACAGGAUUUGGUGGAUUGUGGGGAAACAAAGGUGCUGUUAGUAUAAGAUUUGACCUAUAUGGUAUAAACAUAUGUUUGGUUAAUGCACAUUUGAGUCCUCAUGAUCAUUUAUUCAAUAACCGUAUAAUAGAAUUUGACACUAUUAUGAGAGAACAUUUUUAUACGAUACCAACCAAAAGUAUUAUGCUUCACAACUACGUUUUCUGGUUUGGUGACUUGAAUUUUCGAUUGGGAGACGGGCUGAAUGCUGGAGAGAUAAACAAUCUAAUAAAAGAAAACCACUUAGCAGAACUUUUAUCUCAAGACCAACUAAAAAUUGCCAUGAAGAAUUAUAAUAUGUUUUCUGAACUAUCUGAAGGACCGGUCAAUUUUCCUCCAACUUAUAAGUUUGAAUUUGGAUCUCAGGAUUUUGAUUUGAAACGCAGGCCAUCUUGGACCGAUAGAAUUUUAUUUAAAAAUAAUCUCAAUCAAAAUGAUGAAACAAAAAUAAUUUCGAAACAACUUAAUUACCAAAGUCAUCAAAGCUAUGUUCAAUCUGACCAUAAACCAGUGAGUAGUGAAUUCGAAAUCGUAGUUAAAUCCAAAACAUUAGAAAGUGGCGUUGAAUUUCAUCCAAUUAAUGUCUGGUACAUUGAUGAAGAAAGCUCAGUUAAUUUUCAAUAUAUAAAUGAUGAAAUACCACACACUGGUGAUUGGAUUGGGCUGUAUCAUGCCGAUUUUUCUGGAUUGGACGAAUAUCUUGUAUACGAGUACAUUAGCUGUGAUAAAUCUAUUGGCGAAGAGACCCCGAGUUCCGUGAUUAAACACAUGAGUUUUAGUGAUAAUGCUGUAAGGUUACCAGGAUUAUACAGGCUUGUUUAUGUAACACAACGCAAUGAAUCGAAAGGAGUCUUGGGAAUGAGCUCGAUUUUUACUGUAAAACAAAGGGAUAGUCAGUAAAAUUAUCUAAUGUAAACGGGAUAUUUUAGAUUGAUUUAUUUGUAUAUAAUGUGAUUUAUUAAAUUAGGAGGUGUGACAUAAUAGUUUUUUUUUUUGUAUAAAAGGUGACUGUAUACAGAAAUCUUGAUCUUGUAAAUAUUAAAUUAAUUGUAAUAUUCUUAAAGGUAUCUUAAAUAAAACAUGGAUACAGGUUUAA